AUGAGGGACUCCCUGCCGCCUCCGAGGCCCCCUGUGAGCGCGGACCGCGUCAUCGCCAACCUCCCUAAGUUCUACACGCCGGCCGCCUGCCUGCAGCUCAAGGAGCGCUUCCACGGGCAGGUGCCUGCCGCCUGCCAGCGCAGGAGCAGGGCCACCUUCGGGCUCCGCCUCGCCAAGGCCGUGGUCAUCGGCGACCUCCACGUGGGCAAGACCAGCCUCAUCCACAGGUUUUGCAAGAAUGUGUUUGACCACAACUACAAGGCCACCAUCGGGGUGGACUUCGAGAUCGAGCGCUUCGAGAUUGCCGGGGUCCCCUUCAGCCUCCAGAUCUGGGACACAGCAGGGCAGGAGAAGUUCAAGUGCAUUGCGUCUGCCUACUACCGGAAAGCCCAGGUGAUCAUCAUUGCCUUUGACCUCUCGGAUAUGCAGACCCUGGAACACGCCAGGCAAUGGCUGGAGGACGCGCUGAAGGAGAACGAGCCGGGCUCCUUCUUCCUUUACCUCGUGGGAACCAAGAAGGACCUUCUGUCCAGGGCGGCGUGUGAGCAGGCGGAGCGCCAGGCCGUGCGCCUGGCCAACGAGAUGCUGGCCGAGUACUGGUCGGUGUCGGCCAAGACAGGGGAGAACGUGAAGGCCCUCUUCAGCCGCGUGGCCGCCCUGGCCUUCGAGCGGUCGGUGCUGCUGGCCCUGGAGCGGAAGAGCGCCUGCCUGCUGCGCCGGAUCGCCGACGGAGACCUCAUCCGGGUGGAGGGCAGGCGCUCUGAGGCCGACUGGGACGAGAUGCCCUCAGGCCAGGGCUGCUGUUAG